UACACCGGCAACAGACCAAUGCACUUCCGAAAGUGAGUGGAGGGUUAUAAGGAACACGUAUUUUAAGGAGUGCCGCUAGACGUUCUGCGGGAACAACAGAUUUGACUUGGAGCUGACAGCAUUAGGUCUCUACUGUAGUAGUUGACUACUCUCCGAGAUCAGCACCAAAACACCAUCCACCCCAGAAAAUAUUUAUGAAAAGAGCAAUCUCGGGAGUGAAUUCGAAUGUGGAUCCUCGUGGGUUGUUGGGUGGUUAUCGCCAUCUUUGUUGGAACAGGAUUAGGACCGUCUGAAGUGUCCUCCGCGAGGCUGCCCGGAUCCAUUUCCCUUCAAAGUGACGAUGGGCUGGUUGGGGAUGAGGAUGUGCAGAUCUGGGUCAUGGACCCCCUUGGUGUCAGAAGAGUUUCCAACAAUCUUCGAGAUCAGGACAGCAGCUUUGUUGACAGCCUCGGUGAGAAUGUGGAUCCCAUCUUUAAAUUAGACACCCUGCCAAUGGCUAUUGGACCAUCGCUCGCCACCAGAAAAGUCAUUAGUGGAACGAUUCCUCGUUCCAAAAAACCCCAGAGUGUUCCUUUCUUGGAUCGGAAUGGUCUGCGUGGUGGUGGUGGGAUUGUUUCGGAGUUUUCAGUUGGGCUGGAUACCGGACUUGAUAGGGCCGAAGUGGAGGGAUCCAAAAAUGGACCCGAGUGGACCAACACCAAGGGCCGCGAAUCCCUUGGGUUAAUGGAAAGACAAGGCUAUGAGGACUUUGCCCAAGGUUCUCAAGACGUCAAUAGCGCUGGCAACAAACGAGAACUUAUGCGCGAGAUCUAUGGUCCAAUGUCUCAGGAAGAUGUUCCACAGCAGGAUGGACCCAAGACUUUGGGCAGCGAAGCUCCUGGCAUUAGAAUGAUGAUGAACUCGCUGAAGGAUGGAGGGCUGUUAAAAUUCGAUGGAUUAAGUGGCAAUGAUGGAUGGUCGAUUUUCGAGAUGAAGGCCACCGUAAUGAAACCAUUAUCACUCAAGAAGAAGAAGGAAUAUCCAUUCUCUUCUUCCAAAACAUUGAACCAACCCACGCUUCCGUCAGAUUUGCUGGAAUAAAUCACCAUAAAAAGCCCAAAUUGGAUGAAUUGUCCAACAGGGUGUAAGCUCUUCACUUCGAUAAUCUACUCUCGGUUUCUUGUUAACCUAAUCAUUGUGCCCGAACUCAAGCAAUGUCCAUGAAUUCGUUCUUUUAUCGGAAGAAUCCAGUUUUUGAAUUGGUAGACACUGAAGACGUGUUAAAUACGAAUGAUUUGAAACACUUGGA